UCUCUCUCUCUCUCUCUCUCUCUCUCUCUCUCUCACCUUUAUCAACAACAAACACCACCACACCAAACUAAGAAUCUCCUUCUCCUUGUCUGUUUUUAUAAUCAUUUCUUCUCCUUGUAAUUCUGUGUAAUUGGAAUGGAUGGUUUCCCCAAUUACUAGCAAUGCUGCAUUUCUCAAGCACCUUCUUCUUCCUUUUCUCCGUCUGCCUCGGAUUCCUAUUAACUAGCGUUCAAGGCAGCAGCAGCAGCGACGACGCAACCCAAUUCGAUUUUGAGACCUUGUCCCUCAGCAGCCUCAAACUCCUCGGUGACGCCCAUCUGAAGAAUGGCAGUGUCCGCCUCUCCCGCGACCUACCCGUCCCCAAUUCCGGCGCCGGCAGGGCUCUCUACAACACGCCCAUUAGGUUCCGGCAAUCCGGCGGCGCCCGCUCUCCUUUCUCUUUCUCCACAUCCUUCUCCUUCUCUGUUACCAACCUCAAUCCUUCUUCCAUAGGCGGCGGGCUCGCAUUUAUCAUCUCGUCUGAUGAUCAGUCCAUCGGCGAUGCAGGCGGGUACCUGGGCCUCGUUAACGAGACCGGUGCCGAUUCUUCAGUCAUCGCCGUCGAAUUCGAUACUUUGAUGGAUGUCCAGUUCAAGGACAUCAAUGGGAAUCAUGUGGGCUUGGAUCUCAACAGUUUGGUCUCCACGCAGGUCGCAGAUUUGGAUGGGGUCGGGGUUGACCUCAAGAGCGGAAAUCUCGUGAAUGCCUGGAUCGACUACGACGGGACGAAUCAGAUCUUAAACGUCUCUGUUUCCUAUUCUAAUAUCCGGCCGCCGAGUCCCCUACUCUCGAUCAACCUCGAUCUCGAUAGCUUCGUCGACGAUUUGAUGUUCGUGGGCUUCUCUGGUUCAACGCAGGGGAGUACGGAGAUCCACAGCCUUGAAUGGUGGAGCUUUUCGUCUUCGAUGUCUGGACUUCCAUCAUCAAUGCCAGCGCCCCAGCGUCCGCCCCUGCCGCCUCCAGCGGCUGGCAUUUCGAAUCUGCCACCACCUUCUCCUGCUCCUUCAGGCUCCCCCUCUGUCCCCCAGAAUACCCAAAAGAUCGGAAAAUCAACCUGCCACAAUCGGCUCUGCAAACAAGGCGCAGGGGCGGUGGCAGGGGUCGCAACAGCGGGCGCUUUCUUUCUAGCCAUCUUCGCAUGCUUGCUCAUCUGGCUCUUCUCCAAGAGAUUCAAGUCCCUCAAGAAAUCCGAGUCCCUGGCGUCAGAGAUUGUCAGGACCCCAAGAGAAUUCAGUUACAAAGAGCUGAAAUACGCAACGAGGGAAUUCAAUCCCUCAAGGAUCAUCGGCCACGGGGCAUUUGGGACAGUUUACAAGGGCAUACUUGCAGAGACAGGAGCAAUAGUUGCCGUGAAGCGAUGCAGCCACAACGGGGGCCAGGGUAAGGCGGAAUUCCUAUCCGAGCUAUCUAUAAUUGGUUCGCUACGGCAUCGGAACCUGGUUCGGUUGCAGGGUUGGUGCCAUGAGAAAGGUGAGAUCCUCCUAGUUUAUGAAUUCAUGCCCAAUGGCAGCCUCGACAAGGUGCUGUUCGAAUCAAGGAUCCCCUUGCUGUGGGCCCACCGUAGGAAGAUCCUGAUGGGUGUUGCGUCGGCAUUGGCCUACUUGCAUCAGGAAUGCGAAAAUCAGGUAAUCCACAGGGAUGUGAAGGCCAGCAAUGUGAUGCUUGACGAAUGGUUCAAUGCAAAACUAGGGGACUUUGGACUGGCUAAGCAGAUCGAGCAUGAUAAGUCGCCAGAUGCAACGGUAACAGCAGGGACGAUGGGUUACUUGGCCCCUGAGUAUCUGCAGACAGGACGUGCCAGUGAGAAAACUGACGUUUUUAGUUUUGGGGCGGUGGUAUUGGAAGUAGCUUGUGGGAGGAGGCCCAUUGAGAAGGAAGUGAGAGUGGGUGGGAGCAGUAAGGGUAGUAGUAAUUUGGUGGAAUGGGUUUGGAGUUUGCACAGAGAAGGGAGAUUAUUGGAGGCUGCUGAUAUGAGGCUUGAAGGGCAGUUUGAGGAAGGAGAGAUGACAAAGGUGCUACUGGUUGGACUGCUUUGUUCACACCCGGACCCACUUGCAAGGCCCACCAUGAGGAAUGUGGUGCAGAUUCUUGGUGGAGAGGCAGCACUACCAAGUGUCCCAAGAUCCAAGCCUUCCUUGAGUUUUAGUACUAACCAUCUAUUGUUGAGCUUGCAGGAUAGUGUUUCUGAUUGCAAUGGGAUGAUCACCAUCUCCACAUCAUCCUCAGGUAGCAGCUUCAUUGGUGGAAGAGGCUGAUGUGAUAUCAUUAUUAUUAUUAUUAUUAUUAUUUACUCGUUGUAUGUAUAUUAAUAAUAUAUUUAUUCUUUUCAUCUCUUUUACUCAUAAAGUUAGUUUUAGCAGAGUCAUGGCCAUGGCCUUUUAGAUUUUGUGCGACACUAAAUGUGAAUUUCAGUAUAUGUAAGGGGUAUUUAUGAAAAUUUGAAAUUGUGUGAUUAGAAUUUUAGCUACUCAAUAAACGCUUUGGAUUACCUGCC